AUAAUUGAUAUCGUAAAUAAACACGUCUUUACGUAGCAGCGCAGCUGAUCUAUAACUAACAAUAUAGACUUGUAUUGUAAUCGAUGUCAAGACAUCAGCACGUAGUUCAUAAAAUGAAAUUUCGUUAACAGUUCUCGUUCAUAGUCGGGGAAAAGCGAAUGUCCGGACUUUAAACUUGUCAAAUUUUGACAAACAACACGUACAACGCAGUCGUAUUUAUUAAUAUAUGUGUAAUUGUCCUUUGUCACACAACAGUUAGUGUUUAAAAUGAACUUAUCAGUGCACCAGAAAAAGGAAAAGACUUUCAAAAUCCUCGUUCUUGGGGACGUUGGAACUGGAAAGACUAGUUUUAUACGACAAUAUGUCAGUCAGAAAUUCUUCAUAAACUACAAAGCGACUAUUGGAAGUGACUUUGCUAUAAAGGACUUGGACUGGGAUGAAAAUCUUCGGAUAAAAUUACAGCUUUGGGAUAUUGCUGGACAAGAAAGAUUUUCAUGUAUGACAAGGGUGUAUUAUCGUGGAGCAGUUGGUGCCUUUGUGGUAUUUGAUGUGUCAAGAGCAGCAACAUUUGAAGGUGUUGAAAAGUGGAAAGAAGACCUUGAUAGUAAAUUACUCCUACCAACAGGUGAACCAAUUCCCGCAAUCUUAUUAUGUAACAAGUGCGAUCAAAGCAGUAUUAUCAAGAAAGGAAAAAUUGAAAAGUUGUGUCAUGAUCUUGGCUUUGUCAGCUGCCAUGAGACAUCAGCAAAAGACAAUGUAGGAAUUGAUGAGGCCAUCAAAGUUUUGAUAUCUAAGAUACUGCAAACAGAGGAAUCAUUACUGACCACACUGUCAGGAGUGCAUGUACCAAUUCAAGAAGAACCUAAAAAAAACUCCACCAACUGUUGUGCAUGUCAUUUACCCCGCUCAAAGAAAGAGACUUAAUAUUAGAAAAAAAUACAUGCAUGCUAUCACUAAAGUCUUCCAAUUCUUUAAUAAAAAAGCUUUACUGCAUUAAACUCAUAAGCUCAAUGUUACCAACCAACUAAACAUGCACCAAUCAUUACCACUUGAAUACACUUUAUAUAUAAAUGUUGAAAAUAUUUCAAUUUUACAACAUUAUUCUAUUUUUCUUUGGCCUUCAUUAAAUUGUAUUGAGAUAGUUGCAAGUUCAAUAAAUUAAAAAAACAUG